GUUGAUUCUUUUGGUAAUGCUUUUGUUUUUUUUUAAGAAACCGCCGGUAGAGCCUUCAGGAUUACAUUUAUCAUAAAAAAUUAACAGUGCUACAGUUCUUAAAUCGCAAAUUAUAGUUCGUCUUAAUGGAGGAUGAACUAGUACCUCGAUUACCCGUCGACCAGGAGGAGAUCGAUUUUCAUGACUGGCACAUAGCUUACUUCAAAUCGCAUAUACUUAAAAGUAUUUGUGCGAAGGGUCAAGAUGCCCACUGCAAGGAAGGAGAUGACUAUUGCGAACUUUGUACUUAUCAAAAUGCAUUGGAGCUACCACAUCUGCCAGAUAUGGUUUUUCACAAAAAUAAGCUAUGUUUGCAACAUCGGGAUGGUGCAACUCUUGAAUUUUUACCCAUCGAUGCUCUACGUUUGGUUGAAAACGGCAAACAACCACUGCAGGUAGCUUGUGCUCAGGAGUGGAAAGAAAGUCGACCGGAAAGCUUAAUGGAGGAAAAAUUUAAACCUUUCGAUUGGACUUUCACUACAGACUAUCAGGGAACUGCCAACGAGAAAUUUCGUAUAGAAAAAUCCGACCAACAUCUAAACAAAUUUAAAUUAAUGCAACGUGAGAAAAUACUUUUCUAUCAUGAUUUAACACUUUUUGAAGACGAGCUACACGACAAUGGAAUAUCAUCCUCAUCAGUAAAAAUUAGGGUUAUGCCUUCGGGAUUCUUCAUACUGUUAAGACAUUUUUUGCGUGUGGACAAUGUUUUGCUGAAAAUUCAUGAUACUCGUUUUCACUACGAAGUAGGAAAUGACUUCAUAUUUAAGGAGUAUACUAAACGCGCUGCAACUUAUGAAGAGUUGAAGAAUGUACCACCCGCCUACUUUACCAUCCCCAAUGAAAUUGAACAACAUAUGCCAAUAAAUGAAAAAUUGGCAUACAAUCUGUAUUUCAAAUAACGAUUAGUGCACAAAAACUUUUAGCGUUAACUUUGGUAAAUCGCCAAAUUUAUAAAUAACUACCCAACCAUAAAAUUAACUUGAAACGUCAUCUAUGAUAUGUUGUAAUUUCUUUAAAAAUAAUGUAUUUAUACAAAAUAAAACAAUACUUGUCAUGCAAUAUAAAAAGCAAA